CUUCAACUCGCCGGAUUGAGCUCGCGGGCUCGCUCGCGCGCUCCCGAGCUUUCGGCCAUGGUCUGAUCUCUACAUAAAGAUUCGUGUUUAUUACCUACAAUAACUUGCACGAGAGGCCUCAACCAGCACUCCGCAGUUGCACUGAACAGUUUCUGUCUGCUCUUUUUCUAUAUUUUUAUGUAUUUACUAGUCGGUGCGCUAACCUUAAUAUUGAGAAGUCUUGCGUGUCACAACUGUGCCAGAUCAACUGUUGAUUUCAACUAAUUGAUACAACAAUCAAACACUUCUUCUCGUAUUGACACAAAAAAAUUAUCACUAUGAUUACCGAUGUACAAUUAGCCAUAUUUGCUAAUAUUCUAGGAGUUACACUAUUCUUUCUAGUGUUUCUUUUCCAUUACAUCAAUGCAAAUUACAGCAAGUAAUAAAGAUAUGCAUUUUCUAAAAUCUAAAAUCUAAAAAUGCAUUUUCAUCAUGUACCAACAUAUUUUAAGUACUUCUUAAUUUAUUAACAAUAAAUAUGAA